AUGUCACCCCCCAAGCAUGCGCGACUACGACCUCACUUGCUGCUACACAGGCAUGUGAUUUCGGAAAUGGCGCGCUAUACGCAGAUCUGGCGCUAUGCUCUGCUCUUCCUCACUUACCUCUCCGCCGCGCUGGCAGCAACACCAACCUCGUUCUGCAAAUGCACCUGCUUUACCAACAGCACCAUCAUACCUCUCGAUGGACCAUCCUCCUCUCUGAAGAACAACACUUUCUUCAGCGAUCCGUCUCCUCCUAGCCUCAAAGUCCGUAACGACAACCCUCUUUUCGACACGCGCGCUCCGGCCGAAGGCGCCAAACGUACUUGCAACAACUGCAACAAGCAAUUCUGUCUCUCAUACAACCUGCCGAUAUGUAAAGAUGCAGACGUCGAGAAAGAUGUGUUUGCGACGUGUUUCCAGAGGGACAGCACGAAAGACGAGAUCGUGGUGGUGGGGUUCAUAUUUGCUACUGUCAGCCUACUAGCCUGGGCAACGAUCAAGCCGUGGGUGGAGAGAUGGAGGGAGGGUCGAGGUUAUGCAAGAGUUGGCGGAUAA